AUGGAAGCUACACUUAUACCUAAUCCUAAAGAUAAUAACGCAACAAUCCUAUUAAUGGGUUUGCGUAGAAGUGGGAAAUCAUCUAUUUGUAAAGUUGUUUUCCACAAUAUGCAACCUUAUGAUACAUUAUAUCUUGAAAGUACAUCUAAACCCAUUACUGAACAAUUUUCUUCUUUGAUUGAUUUAUCAGUUAUGGAAUUGCCAGGACAGUUGAAUUAUUUUGAACCAAAUUAUGAUUCAGAAAGAUUGUUUUCGUCAGUGGGGGCAUUGGUAUACGUCAUUGACUCACAAGAUGAGUAUUUAAACGCCAUAACCAAUUUACUGAUGAUUAUUGAUUAUGCCUAUAAAGUUAAUCCCAAGAUAAAUAUAGAGGUUUUAAUUCACAAGAUUGAUGGAUUGAGUGAAGAUUAUAGAAUAGAUGCACAAAGAGAUAUAAUGCAAAGAACUGGAGACGAAUUAUUGGAUUUGGGAGUUGAAGGAGUGGAAUUGAGUUUUUAUUUGACUUCUAUUUUCAAUCAUUCUAUAUAUGAGGCCUUUUCAAGAAUUGUACAAAAACUCGUCCCUGAAGUAUCAUCAUUAGAGAACAUGCUUGAUAAUUUGGUAGAACAUUCAUCGAUUGAUAAAGUGUUUUUAUUUGAUGUCAAUUCUAAAAUUUACGUUGCUACAGAUUCAUCACCAGUUGAUAUCCAAACAUACGAGGUUUGUGCAGAGUUUAUUGAUAUCACUAUAGACUUGGAUGAUUUAUAUGUUGAAAAUGAUAAGAAUAAAAAUAAUGAAAAUGGUGGCAUUGAUGGGAAACAAAAAGAAGUUAAAUCCAUAAGUCACUUGUCAAAUGGGUCAGUGCUAUAUUUGAAACAAAUGAUUCGUGGUUUGGCGUUGGUUGCAUUAAUAAGAAAUGACGACAACAAGGAAAUACAACAAGAUGAUGAUAACGCCAUUGGAAUCGCCGGACAGAACAUACAAAAUGCAGACGGUUCAGUCGUCGAUUCAAACCAAGAGAAAUCUCUAACUGUGAUUGAUUACAAUGUUAAUCUAUUUAAAAAGUCGUUAAUGAAGAUUUGGAAAAAUUCAAAAUUGACCAACACCAAUGUCAAUGUAUCACAACAACAGUCUAUAGAAUAA